AUGGCCCCGAACUUGGUCAACAGCCAACCAACAGCCGAAACGAGACGAUUCCCCAUCGGAGUACUAACUCAUGUUGACGAGGCGACGCCUGAACAGCUGGACAACAUGUAUGUCGUCACUAGAGCGGCGGGAAUCAUAGAUACCUUUGAAGUUGCUAACAUCACCGACAAAAACACCGAGUUAAGUCAUGACCACCAACUAGCUCUCCUCACGCUGAUGAGGCUUUGUAUCAAGCAGGAAGAAAAUGAGAGAAAGUCAAAACUAGAAGAGGAGGAAAAGAGGUCACUGAAAGUAGAGAAAGAGAGAUUGGAAAAAGAAGCGGAAAAGGCUAAAAAGAUGCGAGACGAGGAAGAAGCAAACAAAGAAAUGAAGGCAGAAAGCGAAAAAGAAAAAUGGGAAGAAGAAAAAGCAAAAAUUAUGCGAGAAGUGGAAGAAGCAAGAAUGGCGGUAACAAGAGAAAAGAAGAGAUUUGAGAGAGAGCAGGAAAAGGAUAAAAUGAGGCGGGAAAUAGAAGAAGCAAGAAUGGAAAUGGUGGCAGAAAGCAACAGAGAAAAAUGGGAAGAAGAAAAAGCUAGAAUGAGGCGGGAAUUAGAAAAAGCGAGAAAAGCGGUGAUAUCAGAGAAGGAGAGAGUCAAGAGAGAAUUUGAAAUGGCUAGAAUAAGGCGGGAAAUAGAAAAAGCAAACAUGGAAAUGGAGGCAGAAAGCGAAAAAGAAAAAUGGGAAGAAGAAAAGGCUACAUUGAGGCGGGAAAUAGAAAAAGCAAGAAUGGCGAUGAAAGCAGAGAAAGAGAGAGCUGACAGAGAAGUAGAAAAGGCUAGAAUGAGGCGGGAAAUAGAAGAGGAAAUGAAAGCAGAAUUAGAGAAGGAGAAAGCGGACUUGAUCCGAAUAAAUAAAGAAGCAAGGAUUGUCAAAGGAGUAGAACAAAACGCUGAAAUGGCAAAAAAAAAAAUGCAGGACCAUAUUAAGAUUGCAAAAGAAGAAGAAAUAGAAGUUGAAAAGGCUAGAAUGAGGCGGGAAAUAGAAGAAGCAAACAUGGAAAUGAAGGCAGAAAGCGAAAAAGAAAAGUGGGAAGAAGAAAAGGCUACAUUGAGGCGGGAAAUAGAAAAAGCAAGAAUGGCGAUGAAAGCAGAGAAAGAGAGAGCUGACAGAGAAAUAGAAAAAGCUAGAAUGAGGCGGGAAAUAGAAGAGGAAAUGAAAGCAGAAUUAGAAAAGGAGAAAGCGAACUUGAUCCGAAAAAAUAAAGAAGCAAGGAUAGUCAAAGGAGUAGAACAUAACGCUGAAAUGGCUAAAGAGAAGAUGCAGGACCAUAUUAAGAUUACAAAAGAAGAAGAAAAGAGGAAGGCGGAGGAAAAAGAAGUUAAGGAGGCAGAAAGUGAAAAGACGGCGAUAUUGCUCGCAAAAGACAAGAAUGUAGAAUCCAGAUUUGAGAAAAAGUCAUCUCCCAUAUUCUUGCCAAGUUUUAUCACGGUCUACCACGGUAUCCGUGACGGGUGUGGAGGGAAGGGGAUGCUGAGUCCCGGAGGCUCUAAGGCACACUACGGUUCGGCCCGCGUUCUACCACGGCUCCUCACCGAAGAUACCGACGCCUUCCAGAACUAUCUGAGGAUGCCCCCAGAGCUCUUCGAUGAGAACCUGGAAUGA